GAGGACGAAGGGAUGACAUAGAAGAGGAAGAAUCUAGAGAAAAGAAGAAAACCCAGAACAACAACUCGUUAGCAUUUAUAUUUUUCUGCAUUAGUUUCUCUUUGGCUUUUUAUACUUGUAUGAAUGGAAUUGGAUAGCAUUGAAUGUAUAUCGUCCUCGGACGGGAUCGACGGGGAAGAGAUCCAUCAUCAUCAGUUCUCGACCAAGACCCAUAACAAUAUCGUCUCCCCGGUGAUAUCUCCGGCCACCAGCGUCCAUGAAUUGCUCGAGUGCCCCGUCUGCACCAAUUCAAUGUACCCACCUAUCCAUCAGUGCCACAAUGGCCACACACUGUGCUCCACCUGUAAAACAAGAGUGCACAAUCGGUGUCCUACUUGUAGACAGGAACUUGGAGACAUCAGGUGUCUAGCUUUGGAGAAGGUGGCCGAGUCACUUGAACUACCCUGCAAAUACUGCUCCCUGGGUUGCCCGGAGAUCUUCCCCUACUACAGCAAGCUUAAGCAUGAAGCACAGUGCAACUUUAGACCAUACAACUGCCCAUAUGCUGGAUCAGAGUGUUCUGUUGUGGGGGAUAUCCCUUUUCUUGUUAACCAUUUGAGGGAUGAUCAUAAGGUUGAUAUGCACACUGGAUGCACAUUCAAUCAUCGCUAUGUCAAGUCUAAUCCCCGUGAAGUUGAAAAUGCCACCUGGAUGCUUACUGUCUUCAAUUGUUUCGGUCAGUACUUCUGCCUGCACUUUGAAGCCUUCCAGCUUGGCAUGGCUCCCGUGUACAUGGCAUUCCUCCGUUUUAUGGGUGAUGAGAAUGAGGCUCGCAAUUUUAGCUACAGCUUGGAGGUUGGGGCAAAUGGCCGUAAACUCACAUGGGAGGGCACACCACGGAGCAUUCGCGAUGGCCACCGGAAGGUCAGGGACAGCCAUGACGGCCUCGUUAUUCAACGGAACAUGGCACUUUUCUUCUCUGGUGGAGACAGGAAGGAAUUGAAGCUACGGGUUACAGGGCGUAUCUGGAAGGAGCAACAGAACUCUGACGCUGGCGUGUGCAUUCCCAAUCUUUGUAGCUGAAAUGUGAUUAACAGUCUCAUUGUGUUAUGCUGGGGUUGCAUACCCAUUCUUUGUAGUUUUGAGACUCAUGGGACUACAGUUCUACGCUUCUACUGGUUCUUGGUCGUGUGCGUCCAAAUCCUAUGCUCCUCUGUCUCUCUCUCUGCGUGUUGUAUGUGUGCCAACUUUUCUGGUAGCUUAAUUAUGUACAAGAUGCUGGGGAAUCGUGAAAGGUUUAUAGAUGUGAGAGGUUUGUUCUUCA